AUGAGCUUCGCAGGAAAAGGCAAUGAAUCUACAAUCGGGGAUGGAAGUAAUGCCGACCAGCAAGAUGUUGCUUUUACUUUGAAAGCCAUGCAACAACAAUUCGAGAGAUUGGAAGUUGUUUUUGGAGAUAUCCGUGAUAGAAUGGACCGGAAAGAUCAACGAAUUGAUCAAAUGCAGAGGGAGCAACCCAGGCAGCAUGUGCGAGUUCCCAAUGCAAGGAGACUAAUCCGCCAGCCGGCGAAUUCUCAUGAUGAAGAAGAUGAAGAUUAUGAGGAAGAUGAUGAAAUUGCAUCCGUGGGAAGUGUGAGGAGAGCCAGAGGAGUUAGGAAUGAGGGGCGAAGACAUGGUAGACGAGAUCAUGCAAUUAGAGAUGGAGUAGAUAGGAAUAUUGGGAGUAUUAAAAUGACGAUACCACCUUUUCAAGGUAGGAAUGACCCUGACGCUUUUAUCGAGUGGGAGAGGAAGGUGGAGCUUGUAUUUGAUUGCCAUAAUUACUCGGAAGAGAAAAAAGUGAAGCUUGCAGCGGUGGAAUUCACUGAUUAUGCCAUCGUUUGGUGGGACAAAUUGGUUAAGGAAAGAAGAAGGAACCAUAAAAGGCCUAUUGAGACCUGGGAGGAGAUGAAGACUGUCAUGCGGAGGCGAUUUGUUCCCUCGUAUUACUAUCGCGAUUUGCAUUUAAAAUUGCAAAGUCUAAGGCAAGGGACGAGGAGCGUGGAAGACUACCACAAGGAGAUGAAAAUAGCUUUGAUUCGGGCAAACAUUGAAGAAGAUGAAGAGGCAACUAUGGCCAGGUUUUUAUGUGGUUUGAAUCGAGAAAUUACUAAUGUGGUGGAGUUGCAACAUUAUGUGGAGAUAGAAGAGAUAGUUAGCAUGGCCAUGAAAGUAGAACGGCAACUCAAGAGAGGGAGACCAGCCAAGCAUGAGGGCGGUUCUUAUUCAGGAUCUUCAAAUUGGAAGUCGAAAUGGGGUGCCAGCUCAAGACCAGUAGAGAAACCCAAAUCGAAUGCUGAAAAGAGCAUGAGCAAGAGUCAAGGGGACAACAAGGAGAGAGGUAACUCUACAUCCCAACCUCAAAAGAAUAGAGAUAUCAAAUGUUUUCGGUGUUUGGGGUCUGGGCAUAUUGCUUCUCAAUGUCCAAAUAAAAGGGUAAUGAUCAUGCUGGAUAGUGGGGAAAUUGAAACUGAAGAGGAGGAAAGUGAUUCAAUGCCAACACAAGAUGAUUCUAGUAGUGAUUAUGAAUAUGCUGCUGAGGGGAAUGCCUUAGUAAUCAUGCGAGCACUGAAUGUACAAAUUAAGGAAGAAGAGAGAGAUGAUGUGCAAAGGGAAAAUAUAUUCCACACUAGAUGCCAAGUGAAGGAUCGGGUAUGUAGUUUGAUCAUUGACGGGGGUAGCUGUGUGAAUGUGGCUAGUAAAUUACUUGUUGACAAGUUGGGAUUGCGUACAUUGAAGCAUCCUAGGCCAUAUAAGCUGCAAUGGUUGAAUGAAAGUGGAGAAGUGAAGGUGAACAAGCAAGUUCUGGUUUCCUUUACAAUUGGGAGAUACAAGGAUAAAGUUCUUUGUGAUGUAGUGCCCAUGCAUGCUAGUCAUAUAUUGCUUGGGAGGCCAUGGCAGUUCGAUAGACAGGCAAUACAUGAUGGGUAUAAGAAUCGAUACUCUUUUGUCAAUGAUGGUAGAAAGGUGACACUUGUUCUAUUGACACCUUAUCAGGAGUUUGGAGAUGUCUUUCCCACGGAGUUACCCAAUCGUUUGCCACCAAUAAGGGGAAUUGAGCAUCAAAUCGACUUUGUGCCAGGAGCUGCAAUUCCGAACCGGCCAGCAUAUCGAACUAAUCCGGAGGAGACAAAGGAACUUCAAAGGCAAGUGGACGAGCUUUUAGCUAAAGGGCAUGUGCGUGAGAGCAUGAGUCCUUGUGCGGUCCCGGUGUUGCUGGUGCCAAAGAAAGAUGGUGCUGUUUUGAUGCAGGAAAAACGAUCGAUUGCCUACUUUAGUGAGAAGCUAAAUGGAGCCGCUUUGAAUUAUUCUACAUAUGACAAGGAACUCUAUGCUUUGGUCCGCGCUUUAGAGACAUGGCAGCACUAA